AUGUCUUCUGAGAGCACUACCAGCGAUGCUGUCCUUAAGGAGAUCCUCGAAGGGCUCAAGGCCCUUCGAUCGGAGAACUCCGUACUGGCAGCUUCAGUUGACAAAAUCAACGGCCGUGUGAACAUGCUGGCAGGCAUCAAGCAAAUCAAGGAUGAGGCAGCAGAUGCAGCUGCUAGUGGAAAGCUAGACGGCGAGAAGGCCAAUGGUGUCGAACCAGAAAAGUCCAAGUCUGUAGAAGCCGUUAGCGAGCAGUAUGAGCAGCCACCUUCAGAUGCUGAUGCUCAACCACGUCGCACGAGUGUAUCCAAGAUUUCAAAGAUCAUCUUGACUUCAUAUCCUGGUCAAGCUGGUGUCGACCCGUUGCCCAUGCAAUGGGGUGCCAAGGACCCUGCUGUUCGUGGCCCUGUCGUUGUUUCAAGACAUGCGAACACUAUCCGAAGACGCAACGCUAUCGGUGCUCAUGGUGGCUCGUACUCCAUUUACAACGCUCUGGCCGUAGCAAGCAAGAACCUUGACAUCACUCACAAGCCAGACUUCACUAACACCGAGCCUGCUGCAAAGAUCGGUCCUUUCCCGCAAUGGAGUGAUCCAAAGAAGAUCGUGGCCAUGGAUCCAUACGGCCAUCUUGCACCAUGGCUGUACAAGGAAACCAUGGACAAGGAUGAUGUGGAGAUAAGACCUACGAUUGCCAUUACCAGAGCGCACAUGAAGGUGCCAGAACUUGAGGAGAGCGUACGAAAAGGUAGACUUGUUCCCGACGGUAAGAUUUGCAUGAACGAGACAGGUGAAGUUGCCGUCACCAAGGUUGCAGUUGAGCCUGUAUGGUAUUUGCCUGGUGUUGCUGAGCGCUUCAAUAUUGAUGAGGGAACUCUUCGCCGGACACUUUUCGAAGAGACUGGUGGCUCUUAUCCUGAGCUCAUCACCCGUCACGACAUCAAGCUCUUCCUUCCUCCCAUUGGCGGUAUGACUGUCUACAUCUUUGGUGACCCAGCAAAGAUGUCCGAUCCCAGCGCAAAGCUCGCUCUCCGCAUCCACGACGAAUGCAAUGGAAGUGACGUAUUCGGAUCUGACAUCUGCACAUGCCGUCCUUACCUCACUUUCGGUAUUGAAGAAGCAGUCAAGGAGGCCCAGAAGGGUGGCAGCGGUGUCGUCAUCUACUUCCGCAAGGAGGGUCGUGCUCUUGGAGAGGUCACCAAAUAUCUUGUCUACAAUGCUAGGAAGCGAGGCGAGGAUCGUGCCAGCGAGUACUUCAAGCGCACUGAGAACAUCGCGGGUGUCAAGGACAUGCGUUUCCAGGCUCUGAUGCCUGAUAUCCUGCACUGGCUUGGUAUCACCAAGAUUGACAGGAUGCUCAGCAUGUCCAACAUGAAGCACGAUGCUAUUGUCGAGCAAGGUAUUCCAAUCCAUGAGCGUGUGCCUAUUCCCGAUGACAUGAUUCCGGCGGAUAGCCGCGUUGAGAUCGAUGCCAAGAUCCAAGCUGGUUACUUCACAACCGGUCAUGUCAUGUCGAUGGACGAGUUAGCAAACGUAAAGGGUCGUGGUUGGGAUGAUGUCGAUCAUUGA